UUAUCAACUGGAUUAUUAUUUUGACUAUAUUUGACUAUAUUUUUGUUAGAAAUAAAAUGGGAUAAAUGUUCACGUAUAUUUUAGAAUUGAGAAGAUUCACUAAUAACAAAUCUUUGUAGAUAUAAUAAAAUAUUAAUAUAUAUUCAUUAAAUCUAACCUAAAAUUUUUAAAUGAACAAGGAAACGUCAGAGAUUAAAAAUGCUAAACAUCCUCCUUGGAAGGAUGUUGGCAUAUCAGAUCCACGAGCACGAUUGAAAUCUCUUUCUGACUAUGCUUCCACUGUGGAGAUGGAUCGUAACAUUCCACCACAAAGAUAUUACCGUUCUGGUGUAGAAAUGAUUAGAAUGGCAGAUAUGUGUAUGAAAGAUAAUAAUCUUGAAUAUGCAUAUUUUUUAUAUGUCAAAUUUAUAACAAUUUUUGUUGAAAAAAUAAGAAAUCAUCCACAAUUUGAUACAGUACCAUUAAAGGAUAAGGAACAUAAUCAACAAACAUUACGGAAAGUACUUCCCAAGGCUGAGGAGUUAAAGAAACAAUUAUUAGAACAAUAUCAAACAGAGUUAAAUAAAUAUAUGGAAGAUGUAAAAGAAAGAGAAAAAAUUGAAAAGGAACGACAAAAACGAGAAGAACUAGAAAAAUUGAGGGAAGAAGAAGAAAGGAAGAACAAAUUAGCUGCACUAGCAGCUGUUAAAGCAGCAAAAGCUGCUUUAACUGUGACCAUUGAAGAUGACAAAUCUAAAAAAAUACCCACUAUAUUAUCAAAACCAAUAGUAACUCCAUCUAUUGAUAUAACUGCACAAACAUCAAAAGAAAAACCUAUUAUAGAUCGCUCAACAAAACCUUCUUUGCUUUGUGAUACUUUCACUUUAAGAGAUAUAAUACUGCCAACUAAAUUAAUGCAUAACUUUCUCAUGUUGGCUUUCACUAAUACCAUGAAUAAUAAAGAAACUUGUGGUAUACUAGCAGGCAAAUUAGAAAAAAAUAGAUUACUAGUUACUCAUUUAUUAAUUCCUGAACAAACUGGAUCUCCAGAUUCUUGUGUAACACAUAAUGAAGAAGAUAUAUUUGAUUAUCAAGAUCAACAUAAUUUGAUUACUCUUGGUUGGAUACAUACACAUCCUACACAGACUGCAUUUCUGUCUAGUGUAGAUCUUCAUACACAUUGUGCAUAUCAACUUAUGAUGGCUGAAGCAAUUGCAAUUGUUUGUGCUCCUAAAUAUGAUGAAACAGGAUUCUUCAUUUUAACUCCAGAAUAUGGAUUAGAAUUUAUUGCAAAUUGCAGAGAAACUGGAUUUCAUCCACAUCCAACUGAUCCACCACUAUAUACAAAAGCAAAACAUUGUAAAUUGGACGUAACAGCAGUUAUAGAAGUAGUGGAUUUAAGAAGAAAAUGACAUCUUUUAGAUAUGUAUACACAUAUUUUCACAUGUGUAUACUUUAAAAUGUGCAAUUAAUGUAAAACAAGUUAUAUGUAUAUUUAAUUAUCAAAUACGUUAUAUCAAGUAAAAAAAGUGAAAAAUUGCAAACACUUUAGCUUAAAUAGCAUAAAGAUUUAGCAGUUGCAAAGCUUUCAAUAUUUUUAUGAUAAAGUAUUUAAAGAAAUCUUUAAUAUAUUUAAAGUAAAAUUAUGCAUUUAAAAUCGGUAGAAUGAAAUUAGUUAAUCGCAAUUAAUAUAAUGCAAUAUUUAAAUGAUA